GGCUCUAAAUUGGCCGGAGGGACCCGACCGCGGCGAAGUUGCUAGCUGGGGGCAGAGAAGGCCACGCGGUUGCCGGAGUAAGCGAUCCCCUGUGGCGAAUUGGCCAACGGCUCGUUUCAACCCUGCCUCGUUGGUGGCCACUGGAGAAGCGCGGGGGGCUCCCCAGACAGCCGUGGGGACAAGUUAGAGCCAGCACUUUGCCCCGGGCCUCGCGUGUAGCUUCCCCUCCCCUGCUCUCGGUGCCCCGGUGUCUGGGGUGUCUGGAGGGGAGUGCGGGUGUGGGGGUGUGCCCUCCGUACAUGUCCCACCACCCGGGCAACUCUCUGGGCUUGUGUUCCAUCUCACUCUUGCUUCCCGCAAGGUGGUCGAGGGGAGCCACUUUGCAUCAUGUCCCGGUAUAGCUACCAAACUCUUCUGGACUGGCUCUAUGGGGGCGUGGACCCCAGCUUUGCAGGCAAUGGGGGCCCCGACUGUGCUGCCUUCCUCUCUUGGCAGCAGCGGCUGCUGGAAAGUGUGGUGGUCCUGACCCUGGCCCUGUUGGAGAUCCUGGUGGCCCUGCGGCACAUCCUGAGGCAGACGAAGGAGGACGGUAGGGGUGACCAUGGCUGCCAGCCAGAGCAGGUGACCCAGCGGCCAGAGGAAGGCAAGGAGAGCCUGAGCAAGAAUCUGCUCUUAGUAGCCCUGUGCCUGACCUUCGGGGUGGAGGUGGGCUUUAAGUUCGCCACCAAGACCGUCAUCUACCUGCUCAACCCCUGUCACCUGGUCACCAUGAUGCAUAUUUUUCUCCUGGCCUGUCCUCCAUGUCCGGGAGCUACCGUGGUCUUCAAGCUACAGAUGCACAUGUUGAAUGGAGCUCUUCUGGCCUUGCUGUUUCCUGUGGUAAAUACCCGGCUGCUCCCCUUUGAAUUGGAGGUAUAUUACAUUCAGCAUGUUAUGCUCUACGUGGUGCCCAUCUACCUGCUUUGGAAAGGAGGUGCUUACACCCCAGAGCCCCUCAGCAGUUUCCGGUGGGCCCUUCUCUCAACUGGCCUCAUGUUCUUUUAUCACUUCAGCAUCUUACAGAUCCUGGGCCUGGUCACCGAAGUGAAUUUGAACAACAUGCUGUGUCCGGCCAUCUCAGACCCAUUCUACGGCCCCUGGUAUCGCAUCUGGGCCUCGGGACACCAGACUCUCAUGACCAUGACCCACGGGAAGCUGGUCAUCCUGUUCUCAUACAUGGUUGGGCCCUUGUGUAAAUAUCUGCUGGAUUUGCUCCGGCUUCCAGCCAAAAAAAUAGACUGAAGGUGCUUUUUUUUCUCCCUGAGGAAACAAGUCCUGACUUGACUUGGAGAACACCCAGUUCUUAAUGAAAUCAUGGGAGAGGGCAGUAGGAUAUUUGGUGUAUUUCCUUUUUCCUCCUCUCUGUCCCUUUCUUCCACCACUCUUCCUUCCCCAGCUCUUCCUCCCAGGAUGUCACCUGGAACCUGAGGUAUAGUGCUGACGGCUGGAUUUGUCCUCCUCCCCUUUGCUCUUUCUCCCUGCUCCUAGUGGCCUUAUAUGGAGAGACGGUAGUCAGUAGCUUUCACUGCUUGUUGGUGCUUUAACAAUAGCUGGUUGAGGAUAAAGGGAACAACAAGCAGUAGUACUUUUGGCAUCGCAGUGAUGAGAUUGGUUGCAAUUCAUUUCUCCACUGCCAGGGACCUACAGAUUUAUGCUGGGGUCCCCUUUUGUCUCCAGCAUAGCCCCCACCAUAAGGGGACUGAGGCCUUGUUUCUAUACCAGCGGCAAGCCAAGAGCCAAGGGACUUCCCAGCUCAUGGCCAAAAUAGAACUGGCCAGAUUCUUCCCAUUGGUGUCCCAUGACUCAAAGCAAGCAGCCAACCAGCCACAUUCUCCAGGAGGCUGCCUGCAGUGGGAGGUGGGGCACUACCCAGCCCAAAGGUUUGAUUCCAUUGAGGAGGAUAGAGAGCUGUUGAAGUGGCAAAUCCAAAGUGAACAAGGUUAAAAUGUCCACAACUAA